UUCUUAGACAUUUUGCUGUAAUGUGCUAAGUAUUAUUAAGGAAAAUUGCAUUUUUAGAGAUUAUGUAUCUUGAUGUAAUUUGGAGAAAUUACUUCGAUAUAUAAGUAACUGUGGACUGUGCGGUCGUAUUACUUAUGGUACAGCGGUGCCAUCAUGCAUCAGCCACUGAUACAUUAUACACAAUUUAUGAUUUAAGAUUUUUUUUUAUGAGUAUACAUGUUGGAAGUGGUCAAUCUUAAGAUUUUACACACAUCGUAUGAAAAAUUAAUGACAACAAAACAAAAUUUGUUUGUCAAUGUAAGCUACCGGUUAUGAUCAAGAAAUGUACAUCAUAAUAUAGACAUAAGUAAAAGCCAUUUUGGGCUUUAAGGGAAAUUAAUAGUGAGCAUUUGAAAGAAAUAUGCCCAAACGUCAAAGAUUAUCUACAGCACGCGGUCAAACUUUGCUAUGCAAUAGAUUGUGUGGCAAAUCACAAGCCCACGAAAAUGUUAUACCACUACAAAGAAAAUCCACAAGUGUAUUGAGUGUUAAAGCAUCAACACAACAGCUUCCCAGGGCACUACGGCGCAAGGAUUUAAAGUCCUUGACUUAUUUGACAAGUGCUAACAAUGAACCAAAUAAAGCCGUUACUUUAAAGUCAUGUAUUUCGUCCCAAAAACAAAAUGACAAGAUCAAAAUGAAAGUUAAAUUUUAUAUUAAAAAGACCGAUAAUAAUCAGUCUUACAGCGCCAGUGCAACAAAAUCUGACCAUGACUUUGAUAAGAGUAUUACGAAAAGACAAAAAGAAACGCCAAAACUGCACUCAGCAUACGCAACGCUGCAUAGCAAUAAAAUAGACUUUAAUAGAGCCAGAGACAUGGCAGGUGAUAACAACCGCCUAAAAAUAAAUAUAAAGCCAAAAAAGUCUUUUGAAACAACUGGAAAGAAAUCAAUAAUGAAUACUUUAUUUUUGAAAAAAACCAUUGCCAGUAAAAUAAAAAAUAUUAUUAUUGAUAAAUCUAAGCAAUUUUCUGAUACCAGCUUAAAACACAGGAGGAAUUCUUUAAAGUUAAGAUUUUGCAAUAGCUACUCAUCGAUCGUAGAUUAUGAUAAAUUUGAACAAAAUGUAAAAACAAAUAUCAAAAAGCAGAUCGUUAGUCCAAAUUCAAAAACUAUUACUAAACAAAAUAAAGUUUCAAGUGAUAGAAGUAAGCCCUUGUCAAGAAGUGAAACAACUCGUAAAACAAAUGCUAAAUCAAAAGGAACAAUUUCAACCAUUUUUAAGAACAUUAACCAGACUAGCCAACUGCAUUUAAGAAAAUCACUACCCACACCAAAGCCUGAACACAGGAAUUCUGGAAUCACGAAAAGUGCUCUAUCAGCAGUACUUUAUCACGAUAUUUGUGGAACUGGAAAAAGACGAGAAGAACGGAAAUAUCACGAAAAUUAUAAAAAGCGUCGUUCUUUAUCAAUUAGAUUUGGUAAGCAAACUUCUAAACAGGGUCUCAAAUAUUUUACUGAAUUACAAAACGCAAACACAGCAAUUAAUACGCCUGAAACGACUCAGGAAUCAGAAGAUCUCAAUAUAAAUAAAAUUUUAUCUAAUAAGAAACUAAAACGAGAUCGUGGACUGAAACGUUUAUUUGAAAGGACGAGAUCCUAUAAAACAAAUAAUCGUGUAAAAACUGAAAAAAUAAAACGAGUCGCAAAUAAUGCAACUCUAUCAUCAUUUGAAUUAAGUAACAAUGGCAUGAAUUUUAUGGAGAGUCAAAAUAGCGUACUUGGUGUUAGCUCCGGAAAAAUAACAAACUGUCAACCCAAUAAUUCAUUAAGUACAUUGAAAAAAUCAGCUUCUAAAGACAAUACUUGUAACAAAGAGUUAUCAAGUGAAGACUUAAAUGAACUUUCAAAGAAUGUUAAGCAAAAUAAACUUCUUACGAAUAAAACAAUUGAGAAAGAGUUUUCAAAUUCGUCGAACUUGCGUGUUGCUAAUAAAACAAGUAAGUUAUCUACAAGAAUGUCAACGUUAAAUAAGUGUUAUGACAAAUGUAAGAGUAUUAAUUUGUUAUUCAGGCGCCACCCAGAAUAUACUUUGCAAAAAAAAAAUAAACAAACACAGAUUAAGAAAUCUUCAUCAAGGACAAAAGAUAAUCCAUUCUUAAACAACUUCUUUAAACCACUUCACACAUUGAAAUCAAGACCCAGUGACAUAACAGUAGAAGAAUCAAUAAAACCUGCGAAUGACACAAUAAAACUUAGACAUGAAAAGUCACAAAAUUCUCCUUUACCAAUAAUAAAAGAAACACAAUCUAUAAUUUCACGUAAAAUUAGUCAAAAUGACGCAAUAUGUGAUGGUACUUGUAAAUGCCCUUUAAUGAAAAAUUCGCAAAAUGAAAUUUUAAAGAGACCUGGAAACUGUUGUAUGGUUGAGCUUUAUAAAAUAAACAGUAAUAAUCAGCUUAAUGCUAAACAUUCUAUGAAUGUGUCUGAUAGAAACAUAUAUAAUUUAAAGGAUAUGACUAAUUAUAAAGAAACAUAUCUUAAAUUAAACCGAAGAGAGAAAAAGCUGUUAAAAGAACGAGUGUCGUUUAACACAAACCUACCCAAAGAUUUAAAAGAAAAUGUAAAAACAACAGAGCAAAUCAAUACAAGCCAAGAAAAGAUUGAUCAAAAUUGUAAAAGUGAAACAGUAAAAACAACGAGUAUUAAUAAAGCAAUCGAAGAGCUAUCGAAUAAAAACAACACUUCUUUAACAAACAAAGAAUCACGUAAUUUUUUUCAACAUCAUAUAUACCAAGGUCUCCUUAUAUCUCGAAAGUGUAGACAGUGGUAUCUGGCAAAAAUGAGAGCCGUCAAUGAGGUAGAGAAUAUACGUAGAGGUAGAAAAUCUGAAAUUGUAAAUCAAUUUGAAUUUGAUACAACAGACGAGCCAAGACCUGGCCUAUCACUGAAAGUAAAUCCUCAACCAAUGCAUAAGGAGUGUGUUCCAUCGUUUAUAGAAAAGUCCAAACAACUUCCUACUAUUAAGCCGAGUCCGUUUCCCUCUCGUUGCAAACUUGAUGUAGAUCUUGACUAUUCAGAUUAUAAACCUGGUGUGUCAUUAUAUAAUAAAAAACAACGUAAGCCGUCUUCAGGUUGUGACAAAAGGCGGGAUAUUUGCCAAGGCUGUAAAAGGCCCCUUUCAGAAUGUGUGUGCGAAAAAGAUAAAUCGCAGACCGACAAUAAAAUAAACUCACCCUCAAACAAUAAACUCAAAAAAGACGCAGAACGUAAAGUUUCUCCAGACAUUAAAAUAGACACAAAACGCAAAGUUGGUCCAGACAUUAAAAAAGACCGAAAACGUAAAGUUUAUUCAGACAUUAAAAUAGACCCAAAACGUAAAGUUAGUUCAGACACUAUAGACCCAAAACGCAAAGUUAGUUCAGACAUUAUAGACCCAAAACGUAAAGUUGGUCCAGACAUUAAAAAAGACCGAAAACGUAAAGAUGGUCGAGACAUUAAAAUGGACCCAAAAAGCAAAGUUAGUUCAGACACUAUAGACCCAAAGCGCAAAGUUAGUUCAAACACUAUAGACCCAAAACGCAAAGUUAGUUCUGUCAUUAAAAAAGACCCAAAACAUAAAGCUGGUCUAGAUAUUAAACGCAGAUUAUUAGAUCCUUGUUUUGAUAAACGACCUGAAGAUAAACAGAAACAAGAAAAAAAGAAAACUACUAAAGCUCAAAAGCCGAAAGCAAGUGAAAAAAUAAAAAAGAAAGAAAAAAAAGUUGCUACAAAAAAUAAGGACGAAUGCAAGGAUAAGAAACAGGACACUAAUCCCAAACCUAAAAAAAAAUUCUGUUUGAAAAAAAUUUUUGAGAAAAAGAAACCUACUUGUGAUCCAGAUUGUAAGCACCUUUCAAAAUUAGACUCUAAACCUAAACCAUCAAAACAUAGUCUUUUAAAAAAUGAUGUUAACAAACAACAGAAAAUGGACAAAGACAAAGACCCCAAACAAAAUUUUUCAAAAAAUGACGUUAACAAACAACAGAGUAUGGACAAAGACAAAGACCCAAAACAAAAUUUUUCAAAAAAUGACGUUAACAAACAACAGAAAAGAGACAAAGGUAAAGAUUCUAAACUUAGUUUUCCAAAAAAUGAUCUUAACAAACAACAGAUAAAAGACAAAGGUAAAGAUCCUAAACAAAAUUUUUCAAAAAAUGAUGUCAACAAACAACAGAUAAGGGACAAACGUAAUUUUUCAAAAAAUGAUUUUAACAAACAAUACAUAAGGGACAUAUGUAAAGAUCCGACAUCAAUUAGUGGAAUUCUCCAACGAGGGGGAAUACUUAAUAUUGAUUUAGAUUCAGAUUCAAAUUCAGGUACAGAUUCAGGCUCAAAUUAUAAUUCUAAUACUAGUUCAAGUUCAGGUUCAAGCUCCAAUUCAUUUGGUAAGCGACCCAAUAAACGUAGACUAUCAAAUCCAAAUUUUAGAGACAGAGAUAAAAACUACGUUCAACCUAAACCUAUAAACCUACAACCUAAUAAGGAUCGUUAUCAAACAUCCAAUAAAAAUAAAUCACCAAAUUAUAGUCCUGCAAGUAAACGUAACAAACGCUUUUCUAAAUCGAGUAAGUCAUUUUCUUCAGUUGAAACAUUUCACAAAAGACCAAAAGACUGUGAUCCAAAUGAUAUAUAUAACUUGUCUACUACACGUAAAACAUCAAAUAAUAGUCUAGCAAGUGGAGAUAAAACCCAAGUUAUUUAUCCUAAACCAAAAAAAACACUUCCUAUGUAUGUACAUCAUCUUAAAAAGGAAUCCAAUAAUGUUACUGAUCGCAAGAGUAGUUCUAGCGUACAAAAUAAACUGAAAUCACCCAAUAAAAAAGAUAGGAAAUCUAUUUCUCCCGAAUCUAUAAAACUAACACCUAGACGUAGACACUCAAUAAAACACGUAGCUUCUAACACAAAACAAAAUAUUUCGUCAAAAAGCAAUCAAACAUUUUCUGACAAAAGUAAGAACCCUCCCAGUGGCGUAAAUUUUUUUACAAAUACAGUAAAGUCCUGCAAGUGUUACCUAAAACGUAAAUUUAUUAGACAGAGGAAUUCAAAAAGUAAUUAUCGAUGCCUUUGCUGCAUAUGUAAUAAAAAGUUUUCCAAAUGUGACUGUCUAAAAAAAUUACAAAAAUUUCAAGAUCUGAAUGAGAGCGAUACAGUGCAUGUAGCAAAUAAAAUUCAGAGUAUUUAUAAAAAUACACCAUUUCAAAAUAAAUCCCAAAAUUCUUUGGAAUCGAUUUCAAAUCCAAGUAAAAGUUAUGGCAUUAAAUUAGAUAAAAAAGAACAUAACGAAGAAAAUGUUAAAUGUUUAAUUUGUAAAGGGUUCCUUCGUAAAUGUGAUUGUUUGCUCAAAAAACAAGAUAAAGCUAAAUCAUUAACUUCCGACCAAUUUAUAGAUAAAAACAAAAAGGAAUCUAAAGAAUGUAAUAAGGCUUAUUCCGAAGGUUUAUUUAUCUCAAACAAAAACAAAAAGGGUAGUUAUUUUCAACGUUUUCGGCGCAAACCAUCGGAAAAUAUUAAACAUAUUCUGACACAAGAAUUUGAACGCAGAAUGCAAAAAAACAAUCAAAUUCAACAACUAAACAGUGAGAUUACAAAUAAAAAAUCUGGUUCGAAACGUUUUUUUGAUAUUGGCCACCGUAAGAAAUAUGAUGUAUUAAAUACAGAUAUACGUAACUACAUAGAGCUUCUAGCUCAUAGAAUUGAAAGUGAUUUGUUGUCUAGCAUUAGACAAAAAAACAAUCGACAAAAUCUCAAAAGCAGAAAAUCGCUACACACUCAAUAUUCAAAUGAGAGUAAACAAACCAUACCUGGAGAAUCUGACACAUCAAUUUCUAAACAUACAUACUCUACUUUACAAAAAGCUAGACGAGGAAAUAUCUACAAAAUAAUAAACGACCAUUUAUGUUUUCUUGUCCAAACAAUUGAAACAAGUUGUUUAGAUCGUCUUCAAAAUAACGAAAAAAAAAACAUUAGGAAUGAAAAUACACAUCUAAGUGGUCCAAACCGUAACUUAAAUGCCAACAAAUUACAAUGCGGUGUCGCUAAUGAAGCUUUGAAAGCUAAAAGUCCACCAAAAACUGAAAGUUGUUGUUGUAAAACAAAUAUAAAUAACCAAAAAAAGACACUUGACCAACCUAAAAAUAUAACUUCACAAGGAAUGAAAACAAAACCUGGUUUUAGUAAUGAAGCUGUUUCUGGGAAAAAAGACGAAUGUGAAACUUUUUUAGAAAAUUUAAUGAAACGUGGCCUUAGUAUUUGUAAGGCAAAAAAAAAUAAUGGAUCAACUAUAAAAUUACAUGUUAGACGGAAAUCUCUUAGUUACCGCCGCUUAAGUAAAUUACAUCUACCGACAACUAAACAAUUGCCUCAGAGUAAUUAUAAAAUAAAGGAUGUGGCUACAAGUUGCAGUCGUACACGAGUAAAAACAGAUAAAACAUCAACACAUGACGAUCCUUGUUUCCCCCGUCCUUUCUGUAGCAGUAAAAGCAAAGCUUCAGAUAUUUCACAAACAAAGUGUAUUUCACCAAAAAAGUGUCAAGAAGAUGCAAAACAACUUAAAAACGAAGGCCAUCAAGUUUCACCUAAUGAAUUCAAAAAAAAAAGUAGAGGUAUACGUUUCACUUUUCGGCCACGGCCAUGUGGAAAACACAAAACUGCAGUCCCAUGUGAUUUAAGUUGUGAUAAAAUUAGUUUACGAGUAGAUUCAAAACACUGGUGGCUAGACAAAUCUCGCAAAAAACAUAAAGGAAUUCAUCUCCAGAGUCGUAGAAAGAAAAAGAAAAAGACAACGAAAAAGAUGAAGAGAAAAAAACUUAAACGUAAAAAACCAUCAAAAUUUAAGAAAUUUAUGAAGAAACAGGCUAACAAACAAUCAAAGAGACUACAGAAGAGACUUGAAAAAAGACUAAAGAGGGAAAUGAAAAAAAAAACAAAAAAAAUAAACUGCAAAGGUAUUUCAAAAAAGUUGAGAAAAUUUAUUCUAAAACUAGACGUGCCAUGUGACCUAACCAAAUAUGCAUUAAGGGAGAGGCCGUUUCCUUUAGAACGCAAACCUACUCUUUUUGCUGCUUUGAAACAGGCUAUAGGCUUUGUACUUGUUGGCCUCGCCGCAGCAACCUGGCUCCCAAUCUUUAUAUUAUUUACUAUUUUGAGAUGUUUAUUCUGUUGGUAAUGGUAAUAUAAAAUAAUUUAA